AUGGAAGAUGGACCGGCAGCAUUGGAGCUCGUCUGGCUACUCCCACAACCCUCGAUCUCCCUCGUCGCAACCUUACUUAUCAGUUUCCGACUUUCCGUCACCGACCAUGUUAAGUUAGGCAAUGGCGUUCAGGCUUACAUCUCGUAUCGAGUCAUCACCAAGGCAAUGACUCAAGAUCCACCUCAAGUUUGCUCCAUUUCUCCUCCGGAGAACGAACUUCACUCCUCAGGCUGCCUGAAACCAGCACGGUCCUCACCGGAGAUGGAUCCCACAAUCUGGAACAUGUUGCCAGAGGAGCUCCUCGACCACAUCCUCUCCUUCAUAUCUCUCGAAACGCUCUUAAAUCUCCGAUCCACGUGUAAACGUUUCGAUACCCUCUUCCUCUCCCCUUCCUUCAUCUCAAAUUAG